UCUCCUCUCUGUCCCCAGUUAUCCGAUGCUUUGCCCACCAGCAACCCCCAACCCCAGUGCCCCAGUGCCCCCCCCCCCCAAGGCUGGCCCUCCUGGGGGACCCAGCCGCCGGCUCCUGGGGGGUUCCCAGCAUAUCCCGGACCUCCAGGGGCCUAUCCUGGAGCACCGGGAGCGUAUCCUGGAGCGCCGGGGCCGUAUCCAGGAGCACCAGGACCAUAUCCUGGAGGACCAGCAGGAGUGGGACCGUAUCCAGGAGCACCUGGAGCGUUCCCUGGAGCAACGGCAGGAACAGGGCAAUACCAAAUCCCCGUUGUCUCCCAGAAAGUCCCCUUCGAGCUGCCCCUGCAGGCAGGACUCGUCCCUCGGAUGCUCAUCACCAUCACGGGGACCAUCAACCCCAACCCAAACAGGUUUUCACUGGAUUUCAAGAGAGGGAAUGAUGUUGCUUUCCACUUUAAUCCCCGCUUCAAGGAAGACAACAGGAAAGUCAUCGUCUGUAAUUCCAUGUUCAAUAAUAACUGGGGAAAGGAGGAGAGGACAGCUCCCAGGUUUCCAUUUGAACCUGGAAAACCCUUCAAGAUCCAGAUCCUUUGUGAGGUGGAUCACUUCAAGGUAGCAGUCAACGAUGCUCACUUGCUGCAGUACAACUUCCGUGAGAAGAAGCUGAACGAGAUCACCAGGCUGUGCAUUGCUGGGGACAUCACCCUCACCAGCGUCACACCGACCAUGAUAUAA